AAUAUUUUGGGCACGUGCUAAACCUGUGGACUUGGAAGAACAUUUGGCAUUAGAUUGUCCAAACCAAAACAAAGAAGUUAAAGAUUUUUAUAAUCAAGUUAUUGCCAAUCGACAAGGUAGUAACCAAGCAGUAUUUCAAAACUUGGUACCUGGUAUUGAGUUGAAUCCAAAUAGAAAAUCAUUAUGGAAUUUUGUAAUUCACACUUCUAGCGGACGAGAAUAUCUUUGGAAGUUGGUUGAUUUAUCUAAUCAAAGUCAUUCUGGAGAAGUAUUAAAAGAUUGCAUUCAGCAAAUAUUUGAUGAACUUGAUAUAUAUCAAUUUUUAGCUAUAGUAACUGAUGGUGGUUCAAAUUGUUCAGUUGCAUGA